AUGGACAACGGAGCAACAGAUGUUGUUAAUAGUCUCGCGGAUCAAAUUUCAACCCUAGCAACUCAAGAACCAAAACAUAAUGCCUUACAAGAAUCAGCUCAUGAUGUAGUUGUUACCAGAGUUGAUGAUGAUCCUAUACUUUCUGUAUCAACUUUUGAAGAUUUAAAAUUGAAUGAAAAUCUAUUAAAGGGUAUCUACGACAUGGGUUUUUCGAAACCUUCGAAAAUCCAAGCAAAAGCUUUACCGUUGCUUCUCAAAACUCCCCCACAAAACAUGAUCGGCCAAUCUCAGUCCGGCACGGGUAAAACAGCAGCAUUCGUAUUAACCAUGUUGAGUCGAAUAGAUUAUGAUUUGAAAUCGCUACAGGCACUCUGUUUAGCACCAUCAAGAGAAUUGGCUCGUCAGAUCAUGGUGGAAGUCCUUAAAAUGGCAAAAUAUACGAAAGUAAUGACUGCAGAGGCAAUUAGAGAAUCCAAUAUCAAAAGUCAUACUACUGGUAAAAGUAGAAUUGAAGAAUUUGCUGAAGCUCAAUUGGUUGUUGGUACACCUGGUACCGUCUAUGAUUUGUUCAGGAAGCGUAUUAUCAAUAAGAAUACAGUUAAAAUCUUUGUGUUGGAUGAAGCUGAUAAUAUGCUGGAUCAACAAGCUUUAGGAGAUCAAAGUAUAAAAAUAAAAAAUAUGAUGCCCAAAGAUUGUCAAAUUGUGCUCUUCUCGGCAACUUAUUCAAAAGAUGUUCGAUCUUUUGCCGAAAGAUUUGCACCAAAUGCAAAUCAAUUUAGUCUAAAGAUUGAAGAACUAUCCGUGAAAACAAUUAAUCAAUUUUACAUGGAUUGCCAAAACGAACAGCAUAAAUUUCAGGUUUUGGAUGAUCUGUACACUUUGCUUACAAUUGGUCAAAGUAUUAUUUUUGUGCAGAAACGUGAUACCGCGGACAUUAUUGCCAGACGCAUGACAGAGAAAGGUCAUAAAGUUAUUAACCUUCACGGAGGUCUUUCAGCGGAUGAACGUGAUCAUGUAAUGGAUGGAUUCCGUAGGGGAGAUGCCAAAGUAUUGAUUACCACUAAUGUGUUGUCGCGUGGGAUUGAUGUCUUACAGGUCAACUUAGUGAUUAAUUAUGAUUUACCAACGGAUUCAAGAGGUAAACCCGAUUUUGAAACUUAUCUUCAUCGUAUUGGACGUACAGGAAGAUUUGGUCGUACGGGUGUGUCCAUUAACUUUGUUCAUGAUGCAAACAGUUGGGAAGUUAUAAAAUCAAUUGAAGAACAUUUCCAGAGAGAAAUCAUCAAAAGAUCAUUAAAUACGACGGUUACGAAUAAUGUUUAUUCAACGUCUUCACAAUAUCAAGAACAUUCACAACAUCGCGUUUCACCAGAUCCAUCAAUGGGUCCAAAAGAUGAAAAUCCAUUCGGAACGGGUCCAACAAGAGAAAAACCUCAUACGGAAGGUCAUACGGUUAACAAAGCAAAGGAGGCACCAUUUAGUGAUAGUUUGCAAAAAGAUUCACCUAAAACUGUGGUAGGGAAAUUUAAAGAUGCCUUAAAUCAUUUUGUAUCACCCGGUGCUGCGGAUGUACAAGCCGAAAAUGCCGCUAAAGGAUUACGAGAACAUAAUCAAUCAAGUAAUGAAACGAAAGAAACGAUCAGUAGUGUAAAAGAAACUGUUGAUAACUUUCAAGAAAAAGCAAAGGAAAGUUAUGAAAAUGCCAAGGAAACCGCCAAGAAAGCCAUACAAUCAACUAAAGAUAUGUUACAAAAUACGGCUAAAGAUUAUCAAGAAAAAGGACGAGAGACAUUACAAAGUGCUCAAAAGAAGGGUGAAGGGUUUAAAGAAUCUGGAAGUGCAGCCGCUCAAGAAACAAUGAAAAGUUUUCAAGAGAAAGGACAGGAUAUAAAAGAAAAAAGUCAAGAAACCAUGAAAAGUGCUCAAGAGAAAGGAGAAAAGUUCAAAGGGCAAAGUCAAGAUGUAUUUAAGAAAGCUCAAGAAACCGGACAGGGAACCAUGAAAAAUUUACAAGAUCAAGCCAAGUCUGGAGUUAACAAAUUGAACAUGAAAAAGGAUGAUACCAAAGAAAAUAUUUGUCAAGAAUCCGAAAAACGAGAAGCAAAUGAAGAAUUAGCAAACGUUAAACCUCUAGAUAGGCAUCCUAGCGGACCUGUAAAGGAAGUUAAAGAACUUGCACAAGAUAUUAAAAAAGGUGUUAAAGAGAUUUGA